UUAUUUAUCAUUAUGGAAAAUAUUUGCAUUGUUCCACUUAUUGGUAUUCCUGGGGCAGGUAAAACAACUCUAUCUGAAUAUUUAGUUGAGAAUUUAAGAAAUAAUUUUCAAAUUAAUGUCAUACAUAUAAAUUAUGAUAUUUUAAUUCAAAAAGUUAAAGCUGAAGAUCAAUUUUCCAAUGAACCUUAUAAUAAAAUCAGAAAUGAAAUAUCUCAAACAAUACAUCAUCUUGUUGAUUUUUUACACAAUAAAGCCCAAAAUGUUUUAACUAAUAUACAAAAGUUCAUUUUGUCUAACAUUAAAUAUACACUAGUCAAUAAUGUAAUUAUUAUUAUAGAUGAUAAUUCAUAUUAUCGCAGUAUGAGAUAUAAGUAUUUUCAAAUAUGCAGAUGCUCAGAAAUAUCAUUUUACCAAAUAUUUUUAAAAAUCUCUUUGCCAUUAGCUAAAAAUAGAAAUUCUAUAAGAUGUGAAAAUAGCAGAAUAUCGGAAGAAGUAAUUGAAAGAAUGUUAAUACGUUUAGAAGUUCCAGAAAAUAAGAACUAUUGGGAAAAAAAUUCCAUAACUAUUAACUCAGAUAAAGGUUUUUCUUAUGACACCCUGAUUGAAAUUGCUAACCAUACAAGGAAUAGUUUUUUAUAUCCAAUUAAGAAUACUAUUUAUCCUAAAAUAGUAAUAGAACAAAGUUUCUUACAUAAAGUAGAUUUGUUGAUUAGAAAAUGUAUUAACAAUAUAAUUACAAAUAGUUUGCAGAAUGAUAAUUUUUUGAAAGAUAUCAAAUCAGGUAUUAUUCAUAUAACAGAAGAAACAGCUCAGGAACUUAUAGAUAAUAACAUGAAAUAG